AUGUGUGGCUGUGUGCACAGUACCCGGGACCAAGCUCUGCACUUGGAAGGGAAGCCCGAUUCUUCUGCAGCCCCAACAUCCGCUUUAGCACCUAAGAAAAUGCCCAAAAGCAUUUCAAUAUCCAAACAACUGGCUUCAAUAAAAGCUCUGGGGAAGGGCUCAGAUCUGGAAAAAGCCAUCGCCACUGCUGCUCUGAUUUUCAGAAAUUCUUCCGACACUGACUGUAAACUUGAAAAAGCUACUGCCAAAAAUCUGCUACAAACCCAAUUUAGGAAUUUCACAGAGGGACAAGAAACCAAACCAAAAUACAAAGACCUUCUUUCCGAACUUGACGAGCAUGCAGAAAAUAAGCUUGAUUUUGAGGACUUCAUGAUCUUACUAUUAAGCAUCACUGUAAUGUCAGACUUGCUACAAACGAUAUGGAAUGUAAAAAUGACUAAAUAAACAGCUUUUACUAUGUAGUGAGACAAAGU